AUCGCACCCCAAUGUACAUUGACAUGCUGACGAAAAAAAAAGGCCUUUGUUGGUUGGCAUCACCGUGCUCCCUAGCUUAACCCUUCCGUCGGGUAGUAGGACAAAGGAUCAGCGACACACCGUUACAUCCAGGCAUUUGGUAAACCGGUUUACUCCACAACCCCAUGGGGCCCCAACGUGGGCUUUCAGCUUUUGUUGGGAGAUCGUCGCUGUCACUGUCAUUACUGCCGUCAUUACCGCCCCGUCUAUUUUAUACUCACGGCCGUGAUUACCGUAUGGCCAGAUGAACAACCCGAGGUUUUCUCUAGUACUGCGCGUAUUACUCACGUCAUCCACGUCCAUGACCCGCGAGCGGAUAUCGCACCGCUGCAUAUCUAUCGACGGAUUGGGCUCUUUACUAGCUUCCGGUGUUGUAUAUGGCAUGGCUUGCCAUCGCCACUACCUACCGCAAAUUGGACCCGGAUUAUCCCGUGGAGAAGCACAACAACGUUUGGCGCGGUGCGUGAUGGCCAAGACGAGAACUGCUCCACGGACUGACUUGGCCGCGAUGUGAUUGGGUCCGCGGUAGGUGGAAGAAAAGUCGAAGCCACGCUCCUUGGCCGCGCUCGAGACGAAGUCACACCACCCCUCCCAAUUUGACCACUUGUUCUCCGAACACACGAUCACAGCUGCAGC